AUGGACAAAAAAGCAGAAAGCCCUCAUCAUUCUUCAAGAUCUGGAAGAGUAAAAAGAGAGCCAUCACCUUCUACUAAAGGCAGAAAGACAAAAGCGCCAACAUCUGUGAAGCUCCAAGAGCCACACAAAAGGAAAGAGAGAGAUAAACCAGAAGUGUUAGAGGACGUGGAGAGAGAUGAAGCCAAGGAAGGGGUUAAAGUCACUUCCAGCAGCACUGUUGUUAAUGUAGACAGUGUGAGGGAACAAAUUAAAGAGGAGCGAGAGGAGUUAUUAGGGUUAUUGGAGACUGAGGGACAUGGAGAAGGCUUGAAGAAGCGGUACUUUGGCAUUUGUGAGCUAAUUCUCAUAGUUUUUGUCCUUUCUGUGGUUAUUUUCUUCUUUCCUCUUUCGAUUUGGUUCUGUGUGAAGAUGGUGAGAGAACAUGAGAGAGCGGUGAUAUUUCGACUGGGGCACCUAUUGCAAAGAAAACCCAGGGGCCCAGGGCUAUUGUUUUAUCUCCCAUUUCUGGAUGUGUGCCAAAUAGCGGACAUUCGUCUCAAAAUGUUGAAGAUCCCUCCUCAUACGGUGGUGACCAAAGAUCUAGUAUGCACUGAAAUGAGUGCGGCAUGUUACUAUCGUAUCGAGAAUGUGUCUGUUUAUUAUUCGUCACUCGCUGCUGUUCCAGCCGUGUUACAGGCAUUGGCUCAGGUAUCAGUCAGAGAGAUACUGGCCCAUCAUGCCUUCACUGACAUUUUACUGGACAGGAAACUGAUGGGCCAAAAGAUUCAGGUUUCUUUAGAUUCUAUUACUUGCCGGUGGGGCAUCAAGGUGGAAAAAACAGAGAUAGAGGAAAUCAGUCUUUCAGCUGAGCUACAACACAACUUUGCUGUUGAGGCCGAGGCAAGGAGACAGGCACAGGUCAAAAUAAUUGCUGCAGAAGGAGAGAAGGCAGCUUGUGAGGCUCUAAAGGCCUCCAUAGAGGGUCUCUCUGGUUCUCCACUGGUCGUACACCUUCGACUUUUGCAGCUCCUGCACAGUCUGCGCUCUGAGCAACCAGCUGUGGUCCUCAACAUACCUCCUGAUGUUCUGACUCCAUCCAUUGACCUUGCUAGUUUAACCAGAACAGCCAAUCAAUACCCGAGCACAAGUGAUACCUCAGAAGAGAGCCCUAAAGACUCGCCCAUGAUUUAAAGAUGUCUGAGUAACUUACUACAAAUGUAAAGCAGCAAGUUAUGUUAAUAUGCAA